GUUUUGCGCACGUGCAUUUUGCACUACAGACUAUAUAAAUUCCCCCCGACCCAAAGGCCACUGACUGACCGACCUUUUGUGUAGUUACGUUAUCCCAUACAUUGCAGGAAGACAUUCAUAGUCAUAGUCAUAACGGUUGCGCCCCUUGAUUGAUUGCCUUGGCUGCAAUGGCUGGCGCGAAAGAGGUUUUAUCCCUUGUGAUCCUGAUUUCUGCCUUGAUGGACGUUGCAUUCGUUCGGUUGGGAUUCCAUAUCAGGAGCCAAAGAGGAUUUUGCUUAAGGAGUUUGUCCGAGGGUGGUGCUCUGGAGAUGCUCGGGCUAAAGGGCCAAAGCAGCCCAGAGCUGCGGGAGCUUCAGCAGGCUUUCCGCCGACAGGCGCUAGAGAUGCAUCCAGACCGUGGUGGCAGCGCGGAGGCUUUCCGCCAGCUGCUGGAAGCAUACACCUUUCUUCGCCGAUCCUUGAGACGAGGAUUGCAAGAAAGAGGGAAACGUUUGAAAGAGGGACGUGAGAAGUGGAAGAAGUGGGAGGAGGAGGUGGAAGGAGGGCAAGAGCUUGCACAGGAAGGCGACAUAGUGUAUUGGCGGAAUGCGCAGGGUGAGCCUUGGCAAGUUGCUACUUUUCCGCAGUGGGUGUGAAGGCCAACCCAGGACUCUCCUGUGUUUGUCGAGGGUGAUGAAUCGGCAUCACCACCAAGGUGAACCAUGUGAUCCAGCACCUUUUGGCUUUCAGCCCUUUUCAGGUCCUCUCACCCUUCCCCAAGAUGAGCACCAUGCAACUGUCCUCCUUUGAGGUGUCCCAGCCCGAGGAAUCCAUGGAUGAUGUGUUGGAUUGACCACAAGAGAGGUCAUUGCCCAUGCAGCCCAUGACAAGAAAAAACAUCAAGUUGAAAGGGCAACCGAGCGGCCCCCUAUCAGAAACAGUAAAGCAUGACACUGAGCUCUUCGUGGACCACGGGCAUUCCUUUUGCUCUGAGGCUCUCGUUCUGGCUGUGCAGGUUGUCUACGAGCCGUCCAGUGGUCCCCACGGUUGGAUUUACUUGCAAUCUCUGAUCCAGACUUCGGACGGAACCUUUGAUGCGGAUGAAGAGGCAGAGAUGGAGCAGGUGGAGCCCGUGAGCUUGGACGGAGUGAAUUGGGCGUUUGCAUCCUCAGAGGAGGUCGGAGAGCACGCUUGGAGGGUCAGUCCUCCUGAAUACUUGCCGCCUUAGCGUGAA